ACCGUCUGAGCGGAAGUGGCAACACAGCAGUUUUCUCCCUCGCGCCGCGUGUGUUCCUCAGAGUGCAGCAGCGUGGUGACUUCGUGAAGUACCUGGAGGCACUCAACUGAGAGAGCGCACACAUUUUGCUGCCAAAAUGCUCGUCUUAUUCGAGACCGCCGCUGGAUAUGCCAUAUUCAAAGUCCUUGAUGAGUCCAAGCUGCAACAGAUCGAUAGCUUGUACAAGGAGUUUGAUACUCCUGAAAAGGCUAACAAAAUUGUGAAGCUGAAGCACUUUGAGAAGUUUCAGGACACAACAGAGGCCUUAGCAGCUGCCACUGCCAUGACCGAGGGAAAAAUUGGAAAGAGUUUGAAGAAAUUGCUGAAGAAGGUUGUUGCAAAGGAAGCUCAUGAGCAGCUGGCCAUCAGUGAUGCUAAACUCGGUGGAGUUAUUAAAGAAAAGAUGGAACUGGCCUGUAUCCACAGCCCUGUAGUGGCUGAACUGAUGAGAUGCAUCAGGAGUCAGAUAGAGAGCCUCGUCACUGGACUCCCUCCCAAGGAGAUCAGUGCCAUGUCUCUUGGAUUAGCUCACAGUUUAUCCCGCUACAAGCUGAAGUUCAGCCCUGACAAGGUGGACACUAUGAUUGUGCAGGCUAUCUCUCUGUUGGAUGACCUGGAUAAGGAGCUGAACAACUACAUCAUGCGCUGCAGAGAGUGGUACGGCUGGCACUUUCCAGAGGUGGGAAAGAUCAUCACAGACAACUUGGCCUACUGCAAAUUUGUCCGCAAAAUCGGUGAACGCACAAACGUGGCCGCCUCUGAUCUGUCUGACAUCCUGCCUGAGGAAAUCGAGGCCGAGGUUAAACUGGCUGCAGAGAUCUCCAUGGGAACAGAAGUGUCAGAACAGGACAUCGGCAACAUCGGGCACCUGUGUGAUCAGGUGAUUGAUAUUUCAGAGUAUCGCGCUCAGCUGUACGACUACCUGCAGAACCGCAUGAUGGCGAUCGCCCCCAACCUGACAGUCAUGGUGGGAGAGCUGGUGGGCGCCCGUCUUAUCGCACAUGCAGGUUCCCUUCUGAAUCUGGCAAAGCAUCCGGCCUCCACGGUCCAGAUCCUCGGAGCAGAGAAGGCUCUUUUUAGAGCCCUGAAGACUCGCAAGGACACGCCAAAAUAUGGUCUCAUUUACCACGCCUCCCUAGUGGGUCAGACCACUGCCAAGAAUAAGGGAAAGAUCUCCAGAAUGCUGGCAGCUAAAGCUUCCCUGGCCAUUCGCUAUGACGCCCUGGGAGAAGACACAAACGCAGAGAUGGGAACAGAGAACCGAGCCAAGCUGGAGGCCAGGCUGCGACAGCUGGAGGAGAAAGGAAUCCGAAGGAUUAGUGGAACAGGCAAAGCAAUGGCACAGGCAGACAAAUACCAGCACAAGAGUGAAGUGAGAAUGUACGAUCCAUCUGGCGACUCAACUAUUCCCUCCACAUCAAAGAAGAGGAAGUUUGAAGAGGUGGAGGAGGAGUCUGAAGCGCCCGUAACUCCAGCGGUUAAAUCCAAGAAGGCCAAAAAGGAGAAAGUAGUAGAAGAAGAAGCAGAAACGUCAGCAGCAGCAGAAGAGACGCCGAAGAAAAAGAAGAAGAAAAAGGACAAGAAAGAAGAGGAACCUGAAGCGCCGGAACCCGUAGAGGAAGAAAUGGCCGUAACAGAGUCGACAAAAAAGAAGAAGAAGAAAAAGAAGGCAAAGGAUGAAGAUGAUGAGUGAAACAAGUGGAGAGUGUAUAUAUUUUCUUUCUUAGGUUUUAUGUCAUUUUAGUUUUGUGUCAUACAUUUAUUUUCACAAGGGCAAAACUGUAAAGUGCCUGUUUCUGGACAUGAGAAGAGUUCCUGUUGAAGAAUCCUUUGAUCUCCCUUUUUAUACCUGACUAGGAUAUGAUAUGAAAUCAGUGUAUUCCAAUACGUUUCUAAUCCUCUAUCCUUUAUGGUUUUAUGGUUUUUAUUUGUCACACAUCAAUAUCAGAACCAGUGCAGAGCAACGAGUGGAUGAAAGAUUCUCCCAUUCCAUUGUAGAUAGAUAUUUUUGUCUGAACCUCUGCCUGCCCUGCUGAAAUAAACAUUUUUUUGC